UUAUUAUUAUUAUUUUGUGGCUCGAAGUCUACAUCAGCGUUCUUCUUCUUCACGUCUCCAUUUUUGUGGCUUGCAGCUCUCUGCGCCUCCGCCAUAAAUAUCUCACCGGCGAAGUUUCAUGAUGAACGACGUCGAGGACGCUUCCACAUUUCUCCCGAUACUUUUGCGAUCCUUCACACCAUGGAUUCCGCAACCGUAUCCGGAAAAUCGCCGAUCAAAUCACUAACAAGCCUCCUCGAUUUGGUAAAUUUCAUCGUCUUCUUCAUCCUCGACUUUCUCGACGCCGUCCUCUGCGUAAUCUUCAGGUAUCUCGACAGAUUUAUCGAAGGGAAGGCCACCGCGUGCUACUGUGGAAGCAGCGGAGAGGAGAGGGAGAAUGUGGACGGCGAUGGCAACGGCGAGAACGAGCUCUCGGAGACGCUUNAGGAAUGUACAAUGAAUUGUGGUUCGGUGUUGAAUAGAUGGUCCGAUUGUGGAUGUGCGUCGUGCGUAUCUCCGAUGGAGAAUCAGAAUCAGAAUCAGAAUCAGAAGCUCUAUGUUGCUGUUCGAGAGCCUUCUCGGGGUAGAAGUGAGAAGCCCAGUGAGAAUGUUAUAUUCCUUCAUGGAUUUCUUUCUUCUUCCUCAUUUUGGACAGAAACAGUAUUUCCUAAUCUAUCUGAGACAACAAAACUUAAUUACAGACUAUUUGCUGUUGACCUCUUUGGAUUUGGAAGAAGCCCAAAGCCAAGGGAUUCUUUUUACACUAUGAAGGAUCAUUUGGAAAAGAUUGAAGAGUCUGUGAUUGGUCAAUUUGGCUUGAAAUCCUUCCAUUUGGUUGCUCAUUCCAUGGGCUGUCUAAUUGCUCUAGCCUUAGCUGCCAAGUACUCUAACUCAGUCAAGACUAUUACCCUUGUUGCACCUCCUUACUUUCCUUCAAAGGAUGGGGCAGCCAUGAGAGUGCUUGAAAACCUUGCUGCAAAGAGAGUAUGGCCACCAUUGUUAUUUGGCUCUUCAGUAAUGUCCUGGUACGAGCAUGUGGGUCGGUGUGCUUGUUUUUUCGUCUGCCGAAACCACAGGAUAUGGGAAUGGAUUCUCAGACGAACCACACCUACGAGGGAUAUCAAUUUCAAGGUGAUCGAUCUCACGAAACACACUCAUCAUUCAGCUUGGCAUAGCAUGCAUAAUGUGAUCUGUGGGGGAGCAAAACUGAUGGAUAGCUACCUAGAUGUUUUGAUCAGAGCUCGAAUCGAGAUUAAUAUCUACCACGGUGACAACGACAUGGUGGCUCCGAUCGAAUGCAGUUACUACCUGAAGAAGAAGGCUGUGGAUGCAAAUUUGAACCUGGUAAAAAAUGCUGAUCAUCAAACCAUAAUACUGGGUAGAGAAAGGCAGUUUACACAGAAUUUGGAACAUAUAUGGGCAAGCAGCACUGUUGACAUUGAGAGAUCAUAAAAAUGGUCUGAUGAUAACAUGAGAAACGAGUCCAUUUUGAAAAACUAGGGAAGACUUUAUGAAAUGUUAAAAGUGAUUAAUCCCCAGUUUUUUGUUUGGCUGAGUACAAUAAAUGUGGGAUGAAAGAUUGAACUUCCAACCUCUAGAAAAUGAAGGAAUAAAAAGCUUGAACUGUUGAAUUAAAUUUACGUCAAGACCAGUUUUUAGGUAGUUGUUUAUGGUCAUGUUGGGGAAAUUUGAACUCAUAUUAUUAGGGGAGUAAGUGAUGUUUUGACUAGAUAAGUUAGGCUCAUGUUGGUGUUUCAUUAGUUGUAAUAAUAAGGGUAAAUAUUUUAAAUGUCGAUA